CUUAAAUAUAUAGUUCCUUGUCUACCGGUUUAUGCCCUUGCUAUCAAUGUAAUGGAUUUUCUUCUAAUUUUAAGCUAAAUCUUGUUGGGUUUACAUUUAUAUACACUUUUACACUCACACUUAAUAAUUCUGGAUAAAAAUCGUCCCAGGUUUUUACUUUUUUUUUUAAGAGUACAAAGAUGUUACAUAGGCUUAUUUGUCCUAAAUCCCAAAAUCAGAAAUUUUGAAUGCUGAAUCUUGUAUUGUCACCACGCCAUGCUCUCAUGGCAGCCUAUAUUUUUUGUCUGUUUUAGUUUUUCUUUGCUGCAUUUUAUUUAUCGUUCACGUGUGUCUGUUGCUUUGUCUUUUUCCACUAUAAAUAUUCCGUAAAGAUGUGUGUUUUGUAACAUGUUUUUGGCACACUUUUUCUUGCUUUCUUUUUUCCCCACAGUUUGUUUGUAUAAUGUGUCACUUUUUUUUUUUAGCAAAUGUGGAGACAGUUGUCCUCCUAUUACUGACUCAAGUUAAACAAGUUAUAACAAAUUCAAACCACUGUCAUAUCACUCAGUUAAAAACGUUCUGUGUUUGGGAGUGUCAAGUCCAGAUAAUAAAAUGGGUCAGAAUUUUCAAAAAUAAAACCGUGUCGGUGAUCAUCCACAGACAUAUUGCAAGUCUGCUUGAAACCAGUUACCUAAAUACGUUCAAAUGUUCAUUCAAAAAAAAUAUUUAAAAUAAGCUGAUAAAAUAAAAAGCAUGAUUCUGAGGAACAUUAACAGUAUUUUAUUGACGCUACUUCCGGUAUCCCUAUUCCGCUGUUUAACUUGACGUGUAACCAUGACAACAGCUGUAACUACACGGUCGGUCCUUAUCAUCCGUUACUUAGUGUGGAGGGACAGAGACAGCAGCAGCAGCAAUAAGCAGAGGGAUAAAAAAUGACAAAGAAAAAAUAAUCAACAACCGUACAUGACUUUUUUGUAGUUAGCUCUGGUCCUUCUCUAAUUUUAUAUUUUUAUUUUCGUGUUAUUGUAAAGACAUGACGCCCUCACAGAAAGCCCGGUACGGAUGCGAGGCGGUGCGGAACGCUAAAUGGAGGCUGGCAGUUCCUCCAGUUCCCUUACUGAGGCGCCCUGGUGGGGCAGCCCAGCUGUGGCCCGUCCACACCCACCCGGCAGGACACGUCCACAGGUCCCACUUCCCUCCACCUCCUCCCCCUCCUCACCUUCCUCUCUUCCACACCCGCCAUGCAGAGGAGAGCGCCGAGCGACCCCAUUUGGUCACCAUCGUCCGUCCAUGUGGUCAAAGUGCACUACGGAAGGUGACAGUGCUGUUGAACCGCAGGGGCGUGGUGUCCUUCGAGCAGCUGCUAUUGGAUAUCUCUGAGGCGUUGGGGUUUCCGCGAUGGCACCGAGCCAGAGUUACACGCCUUUACACGACACAUGCACGAGAGGUUAAAGGUGUGUGUGAUUUCUUCCGAGGCGAGGUGGCCUUCCUGGCUCUCGGUAAGUCUCGUCCUGAGCUGAGCUGCGUGCAGGACGCUCUGGAGGAACUGUUUCCUGAACAUUCGCACUACCGGGCUGAUGCACUGCGGGCCUGGGAGAAGAGGCUCCGGCUGGCUCCAGAUAAAGCUGCCAAAGCCGACAGUGGAUACAGCGAAGGAACGGACAGCAGCAGGACCGACCAGGAGACACACCGAGACACAAAUGCACACGUCAAGAACCACGCUAACACUCACACAUCUCCGCAUACAGACACACACCACACAGAAAACUAUCAUUUAGAUUCUCAGAAACCUCAUAAAAAGACAUCAUGCAGAAAACCUGCUCUUCUUCCCAACCACCUGCAAAGACUGCGAGUUAGAUGUGGAGUCAGAGAGAGACAGGCUUCUGUUAUCGGCCCAUUUAAACAUGAAGGUCUCAGAGAAACAGACAUCCCCUCUCCUACUCUGUGUGACAAGUGCUUAGCCAGAAGAGCUAAACAUCAGGGUCCAGAAGUGAUCAGUUCGCUGUCUGGGAGGGUCCCGCUGCCUCCGGUCUCGAGCAAGCAGAAAGGAAGUUCUCAAACAGAGCAGGAAGGGGAAAAUCUGGAUAAUUUCAACCCUUCAGCUGCUUGGCCGAUCAGCAGAGACAAGGAGAAGAGUCUUAUACAAGUUUUAAACGCAGCUCCAGAUGUGCAGAAAGACACACAGAACAAGGCGGCCUUUGACCUUCCCUCGGACGGCAGCAGUGUCACCCUGCAGGACAUCGAGCGCUGCUACGAGAUUGGACGCGUGGUGGGAGACGGGAACUUUGCUGUGGUGCGAGAGUGCCGCCGUCGUGACACCGGCCAAACCCUCGCCCUGAAGGUUGUCGAGCGCUCCAAGCUGGUCGGUCGGGAACACAUGAUGCAGAACGAGCUGAGCCUUCUGGGUAGCCUAUGUCACCCUCGUGUGGUGCGGCUGUUUGCCCACCACCACACCCACACCCACUCCUACCUGGUGAUGGAGCUGGUGAGCGGAGGGGAUCUGUUCGAGGCCAUCAGCGACAGGGGCAAGUUCUCAGAGGCGGAGGCAGGACUGAUGGUGUCGGACGUGAGCGAGGCGCUGAAUUACAUCCACUGCAAGAGCAUCGUCCACAGAGACCUCAAACCAGAGAACCUGCUGAUAGAGCAAGUAGAUGCAGGCAUCUGUAGGCUGAAACUGGGGGACUUUGGUCUGGCCAUGGUGGUGACUGAACCAGUCUUCACCAUAUGUGGCACACCCACGUAUGUAGCCCCCGAGAUCCUCUGCGAGACAGGCUACGGUGUAGCGGUGGAUGUAUGGGCCCUGGGUGUGAUUCUCUAUAUCCUGCUGUGUGGCUUCCCCCCAUUUCGCAGUCAGGAUAGGGACCAGGAGGAGCUGUUCAAGCUAAUAAAACAAGCACAACUUCAUUUCCCAUCCCCCUACUGGGACCCCAUCUCACAGGAAGCUAGAUGCCUCAUUAGGGCUCUGCUUCAGACGGACCCCACAGUGAGGCUGACGGCAGAGCAGACCCUCCACCAUCCCUGGGUGAAAACUAUGGCUUCGAUGUGCAGGCAGAGGGCACUCACAGACAAAACUCAGAGGAACACGGCAGAACCAAACAGAGUCCAGACCCCAAAUGCAGCAGAAUCACUGAGAAACCAGCAAGGAAUCACACUGAAAGAGCUCAGCAGACAUGACGACACGAAUACAGGAAGCAGACAAGAUGAGAGCAAGACGAACGCAGUCCACAUCAUGUCUCCAUGGGUCAAAGAGGCCACGCCGGGUCAGCAGAAACCAGAGUCCACUUCACAAGAAACACAGGAUCAAGAUCCAAACACAAACUCUGCUGAACUCGAUCAUCUUAACCCCCUGGCAGCCCAAACUGAGCCUCCAUCGAUACAGUCACCUCCAGAUUCACCAGCUCCAACCAGCACAUCUGCACAAACCACAGCGGGUCACUCAACACAACACAACUCGUCCUCUGACCCUGCAGCAGCUUCUCCAACUCUUCACCAGCACGACUUGACCUCCCCAACCAGCCACCCAUCUGAAAACCAUAAGGAGCAGGGCGGUCACACCACCGUCACCCAUCCACUCACACAGUCCUGAUAGCACUGUUAAUCUCCCAUUUGAUCGUGUGAUUAGAAGAGGGUCAUCACUGUGCUCGUUCCGGACAUUACCGCUGGAUCCUCGGCUGACCUGCGGAUGACGUAAUUCCCUCUCCUGGACUGAUUGAGGUCUGAUUGAUGGAGCUGGAUACAUCUCAUAAUUGUGUGUAAUCCAUUUGUUCUGCAAUCAUAAAUUAAUCAUGAGAUAUUAUGUAAUAACCGAGGUCUGAAAGUAUCUAGAACUGUGUAAGAGGAGGAUGGGAAGAAGUAAAGUACUGUGAGUUUGUCAUUUUAAAAGAAAAAUGUUGUGAUGUAUACAUGAAGAGACAUUUUUAUUCUGCAAACCGUGUUGAGGAUAUCGUCUGUCUGUUGACGCUGACCCAUCCUCCUUUUAUAUUCCUAGAAGUCUAUCUUAGGAUCAUGCCUCUUGCGUUAUUUGUUUACUACAUGAUUACAAAAUAACUACACAGAGAACUGUUGUUUAGUCUUAGUAAAUUCUUGAAUGCCA